GUCCCUGUAGAAAGCCGCUGCACUAGGUGAGCCCGGCCCUGGUGAGGGUGCCUUGUGAAUGGAGCCUGCUUGUGCUGCUGUGCCCGGCUGCUUCCAGGCGGCGUGGCCCUCCCUCUGAUUGCUGGAGGACUCUUCUGUGUGGACACACCGUGGUUUGUUUACCCGUCCUGGUCAAUGGACAACUGGAACUGUGGUGAACAAGCAUUCCUGCACCUGUAUGUGGAUAUUCUAUGUCCAUUUUUCUUGGGAGUGGAAUGGCUGAGUCAUCUGGUAGGUGUCUUUACCUUUUAAAGAACUAAGCGCUUUUUCCAGAAGGAUCAUCAGAACUGCUGCCAGCAACAGUCCAGGUAUCCCGGCUCCACCAGCAUGUGGUGGCGGCCUCUUGACUUGGAACUGUUCUUCUGGGUGCCAGGGUUCUCCAGAGAAACAGAGCCAGUGGCAUCCGCGUGUGUGUGUGCGCGCGCGUGUGUGUGGCAGUGUGCGUGCGUGUACAUGCACACGCGUGCAUGUAAGGAGCUGUGUCACAAAGAAUUGGCUGGUGCAAUUAUCAAGGCUAAGUCCCAAGCCGGAGACCCAGGAGAGCUGAAAUGUAGUUCCAGUCUCAGUCUCAAGGCCUGAGAACCAAGAGGGCUGACAGUAACAGUUUUAACCCGGAAGCUGUCGGGCGGGCGGGAGAUCCAAGAAGAGCCAGGGUUUUAGUCCAAGUGCAAAGGCCAGAAAAGACCAUGCCCCGCCCACAGGAGGAAUUCCUUCUUACCCAGCCUUGCCUUUCCCUUCAGGUCCUCAGCAGAUUGGGCAGGGCCCCUCCCCAAAGGGGAAGGCUGUGGGCUUUCCUCAGUUUACCCAUUCAGACAUUAAUCCCAUCCCAGAAUGCUCUCACAGACACACCCAGAAUAAUACUUGGCCAAAUGUUUGUUGGGGAACCUGGCAGCGUCAAAUGGACCCAUAAAAUUCACCAUCGCGCUUUCCGCUGUGGUCUAAUUUGCAUUUCCCUGAUGACUCACGGUGUUGCACGUCUUCCUAGAGAUUACCUGCCCUUCAUAGAACUUCUCUGUGAUGUUCCUGUUCAAACCUUUUCCCCAUUAAAAAAAUGGGAUUGCUAACCGGGCGAGGUGGCGGGCACCUGUAGUCCUAGCUACUCAGGAGGCUGAGGCAGGACAAUCACUUGAUCCCGGGAGGCGGAGGUUGCAGUGAGCCAAGAUCGCGCUAUUGCACUCCAGCCUGGGUGAUGGAGUGAGACUGUGUCUCAAAAAAAAAAGAAAAGAAAAGAAAAGUGGGUUGGGGGGCUUGCUUGUCGUAAUACUGAGGCUGCAGGAGUUGGCUGUAUUCCAGAUGGAAGCCCUUUGUCAGCUGUGCUGUGAAGGCCUUCUCCCAGUCUAUGGCUCGUGUUCUUAACUUUCUUACAUUGUUUUCUGAAGAGCAGAAGUUUUAGUUUUGAUAAGGUUCAGAGGAUGGAUUUUUCUUUUACAGUUGGUACAUUUUGUAUCCUUCUAAGAAAUUGUUGCCUGUCUCAAGGAUGCAAAGAUUUUCUCCCUUGUUUCCUUCUAAGGAGUUUCACAGUUUGAGCUUUUGUGUUUAGGUCCGUGAUGCAUUCGGAGGCACUUUUCAUGGGAUGUGAGGUUUGGGUUGAGGGCCAUCCCUUCCCUGUCCUGGCUGUUGCAGAGACUGUCCUUCCCCUCAGAUGCCUUGACCCCUUGCCUGGAUGUAAACAGACCCUGCCUGUGGGUCCUUUUCUGGGUUCCCCACCCUGUAUUACCCCUGCAUCCAUUCCUAGACCAGUGCUAUACUGGCUUCAGCACUCUAGCUUUAUAAGAAGUCUUGCAGUCAGGUGCCAUUUACCAAAAUUCAUUAGAAUUUUUGUUAACAUUUUUUAAUUUAAAAAGAUACUAUUAUAUAUGUAUAAAAUUUGCCAUCAGCCAUUUUAUACAGCAACCACUUUAUCCAUUUAUAGCGUAGACACCGUUCCGUAAGCACACAGUACAGUCAUACCAUCUGUAUCACCGGGACCCUCUCAUCUUGCAGACCGGAAACUCCAUAGCCAUUGAACAAAACCGCCUCCUCCCCACCCCAGCCCCUGGGAUCCAGCAUUCUGCUUUCUGUGUCUAAGAGUUGGACUGUGUGAGACACCUCAUACAAGCAGAGUCAUGCAGAUUUGUCUUUUCAUGGUUGACUUAUUUCACUUAGCAUAAUGUCUUCAAGGUUCACCCCUGUUACAGUGAGUGAGAGGAUUGCCCUCUUUUAAAAGGCUGAAUACUGUGCCACUGUGUAUUGUGUUAGUUGUCCCCAGGGGGACGGAACUGAUAAUAUACAGAGGUAGAUGAGGGGAUUUAUUGGGGAACUGGCUUGUGUGAUUACAGAGGCUGAGUCCCCCAGCAGACCUGCACCCCAGAGACCCUGGGAAGCUGGUGCAUGGCUCAGUCCAAAGCCAAAGGCCUGAGAACCCUGGGGGAUGCUGGUGUACGUCCCAACGUCCAAAGGCCAGAGACCCUGGAGUUCUGAUGCCAAAGGGCAGGAUCCCAGCUCCAGGAGGGACAGGAAAUUGCUUAUCCUCUGCCUUUCUUGUUCUGUCUGGGCCCCAGCGGACUGGAUGGCGCCACCUACCUGGAGGACAUCUUCCCACUCACCCACCAGUCUCCUCUGGAAACACCCGCACAGGCACACCCAGAAGGAAUGCUUCACAGGUUCUCUAGGUAUCCCUAAUCCCAUCAAGUUGAUGCCUGAAAUGAACCAUUACCUGUGCAGAUACGGUCAUGUGUCACUUACAUGGAAAAACUCUCAGAAAUGCAUCGUUAGGCGACUUCGCGGUGUGAACAUCGCGGAAUGAACUAACAGGAACCCAGAUGGUGUGGCUGCUGCACGCCCGCACCAUGGUACAGCCUGUGGCUCCUGGGCUGCAAACCUGUACAGCAUGUCACUGCGCUGAAUACUGCAGGCAGCUGUUCCACGGUGGUGUUUUGCAUGGAACACAUCGAAACAUAGAAAAGGUGCAGUGAGAAUGCAGUAUCCUAAUCUUAAUGGGACCACUAUCACCUGCACGGUCUGUUGUUGACCAAAAUGUCGUUAUGUGGUGUGUGACUGCCAUGUUUUCUUUCUUCAUUCCGCUGGUGAUGGACACGUGGGUGGCUUCUGCCUCGUGGCUGCCAUGAACACAGGUGUGCAGAUACCUCCUGGGACCCUGCCUUCAGUUCUCGUGGCCUGCUGGGGACUCAGGAGCCUUGUGCCUAACGUUCUGAGGAAUUGCCUCGCUGCUCUCCACACUGCGCCGGGCACGUUCCCUGGCGCUGCACGCGUGUCCCGCUGCUCCGCUUCCUGCUGUGGCAUAGCUUGUGGUGUUGAGUGAUCGCCGUCCUAAUGGGCACGAGGUGAUGCCUCACGUCUGCACUUGUGUCCCCUGAGCAGUGGUUGGUCGUGUGGAGCAUCUUGUCAUGUGCCGCUUGGCCAUUAGUUUAUCUUCUCUGUACAAGUGUCUAAGUCCUUCACCCAUUUUAAAAUUGGAUAUUUCCUUUGGUUGUGGAGUUGUAGGCGUUUUUAAAAGUGCAUUCUGGAUAGUAUCUCCAUAUGCAGAUCCCUGGGUUGCAGCUAUUUUUUCCCAUUUUUUACUCUCUUGGUUUUUCCUGCUCUGCAGUUUUUAAGUUUGAUGUAGUCCCAUUUGUCUCUUUCUGUUGCCUCUGCUAUUAGGAAUCUAUUUUUAAUGCUUUGCCCCUUUUCACCGUUCUUCCUGUGAUACGGUCUGUGAGGUUGCCUGUCCUCAUUUGGGCGAGUUGUAUCUUCUGCGGGCUCCUCUCUGCAGUGCUGUUUCUUGUGUCUUAGAAUCUGCUGGCCCCUCUCUGCAUUGCUGUUUCUUGUGUCUUACAUUGUCUUUCUCCAUGGAUUUAUUGUGUUUGAUCACUAAGCAAUAUUUCUGAGUAGUUUUUCUGCCAGGAAGGUUUGUGUGUGCUCAGCUUACAGCCCUUGCGUAUCUGAAAGUAACUUCAGUUUGUCCUCAUUCUUGAGUGAUAAUUUGGCUCGAGUUAGAGUCUUUAGCAUUUCUGAAAUUCCACUCACUCCGUCACCAAAUGCCCUUUAAGGAGCCUGUGAAGGGGCUGUUGCUAACCUGCCAGCCCAGGCCAGUGGAGGGGAGCUUUUAGGGCCGGGAGUCACGUGCUGGGUCCCCCGGAAGAGGAGGCGGUGCUUUCCGGGGCUGGCCUGGCUCCUCUGGGGGGCGUGGAUGUGGGGAGGAGCUGCUGUCUGGGUCAGCAGCUGCCCUGUUGGAGUGAGAGGGGGUGCUGCGCUCAUCCCCUGAACUCAGAUUGGAUAGCCCCGGGCCAGCGCUGGAGGAGGAGCAGAGGCAGGGAGGUGGGAGGAGCGUGCGCAGAGGCGUGGGAGGCCUGAGGAGUAAGCGGCUGGAUGUGGACCCUGAGAGCCACUGGCAGGGAGGUGGCGUCUUCCAGUUGUGAAGACACCGUGGCCCCGGUGCCCUACGAGACGCUGAACAAACGCUUUCGCGCCGCUCAGAAGAACAUUGACCGGGAGACCAGCCACGUCACCAUGGUGGUGGCCGAGCUGGAGAAGACGCUGAGCGGCUGCCCCGCCGUGGACUCCGUGGUCAGCCUGCUGGACGGCGUGGUGGAGAAGCUCAGCGUCCUCAAGAGGAAGGCGGUGGAAUCCAUCCAGGCGGAGGAUGAGAGCGCCAAGCUGUGCAAGCGCCGGAUCGAGCACCUCAAAGAGCACAGCAGCGACCAGCCCGCGGCGGCCAGCGUGUGGAAGAGGAAGCGUAUGGAUCGCAUGAUGGUGGAGCACCUGCUGCGUUGCGGCUACUACAACACGGCCGUCAAGCUGGCGCGCCAGAGCGGCAUCGAGGACCUAGUGAAUAUUGAGAUGUUCCUGACGGCCAAAGAGGUGGAGGAGUCCCUGGAGAGGCGUGAGACGGCCACCUGCCUGGCCUGGUGCCAUGACAACAAGUCCCGGCUCCGGAAGAUGAAGAGCUGCCUGGAGUUCAGCCUCAGAAUCCAGGAGUUCAUUGAACUCAUCCGGCAGAAUAAGAGACUGGACGCUGUGAGACAUGCAAGAAAGCACUUCAGCCAAGCAGAAGGGAGCCAGCUGGACGAGGUGCGCCAGGCCAUGGGCAUGCUGGCCUUCCCACCCGACACGCACAUCUCCCCGUACAAGGACCUUCUGGACCCUGCACGGUGGCGGAUGCUGAUCCAGCAGUUCCGGUACGACAACUACCGACUACACCAGCUGGGAAACAACUCUGUGUUCACCCUCACCCUGCAGGCCGGCCUCUCAGCCAUCAAGACACCACAGUGCUACAAGGAGGACGGCAGCUCCAAGAGCCCUGACUGCCCUGUGUGCAGCCGCUCCCUGAACAAGCUGGCGCAGCCCCUGCCCAUGGCCCACUGUGCCAACUCCCGCCUGGUCUGCAAGAUUUCUGGCGACGUGAUGAACGAGAACAAUCCGCCCAUGAUGCUGCCCAAUGGCUACGUCUACGGCUACAAUUCUCUGCUUUCUAUCCGUCAAGAUGAUAAAGUCGUGUGCCCGAGAACCAAAGAAGUCUUCCACUUCUCACAAGCCGAGAAGGUGUACAUCAUGUAGGCCCCACGUCGUGAAGCGCACGCCUCGGGGACGGGCUGCAGCGGGCGGGGAGGCCACGCCUUCCUCCUGUCCCACGCUCCAGCCUGCCGCGGCGUUUCUGUUUCUUGCGACCAAAGAUCAGUGAGCAACGAUAAAUACUCUUAGGAAGAGAGAAAAUAAGGUUUCAUAAGUUUGUACUUGAAAACAUUUGGAUUGGUAGGAUUUUGUAACACGUCAACCAUUUGAUGCUUCUGAAAAGUACUUUCAACUUGCGAAGGAAACUCUUCUUUAAAGACUGACCUAAACACCGAGGGAAACUUUAGAACGUUUAAAAUAUAGGAGUGCGUGAUUUCCCUGUGUUUUCAGUUUCUUUCCUUCUGUGAACGAUGAGACUUGGAGAACGGGCUGGUCCUUCACCACUUCCUGUUGGCCGUGGCCCGGCCGGGGAAGGUGGCAGCGGCACUGGACUGACCUGCAGUGACCCGCGAUGCCGCGCCAUGAGGGACACUUAUGGCUUCAUUCGAGAGCUGCUGCCAAAACGCCUGGCGCCGCCACCGUCAGGGGCUGGCUUCGAGGACACCCGCCUGCCUCGCGGGCCGUGUCCGCGGGACUGUGUUCGUACAUGCAUAGUUUCGAUAUCACAUCGCGGGGCUGUGUUCGUAGCUGCGUCGUUUCGAUAUCACACCCUCUGUGUGCCGCCUUACUUCCUGCUUCGAGAAUGUAUAACGUGGAAAUCCACGGGACCAAGUUUCUGCAGAGGCCUUGCCGGAUGGUUCCAUAACUGUAGAGUCUAAUUGCUAUCCAUUACAGAAAUUAAUCGUUCAGUUGAAAGAAGUACUGAUGACUUUUCAAAACAAAUGAACCACCGUAGCUGACAGAGAACCGUAUCGUAGAGGUUUGUAGUUAGUGCUUAUUUUUGCAUGUUGAUGUUGACUAGCUAAUAAACUGUAAAUGUAAACCAUGCGAAUAAAAUGGUUUUCUAUUUCUCA